GUGCGUAGCAGACGAGCUUUUUUGUAACAAGUUGUUUAACCUGCUCUUCUGGUGCUGGUUUGCUGGACAGACUUGAACAGAGCCCGCUAUUCCUUUUUCAUCCAUUGGAGAACAUCGAUAGCAAAGCAAUGGAGGCAAUCACCGCGACAAGGUCAUUUUUGCUCGAGUACCCUAAAACUUUUGCUUUGGUCACCCUUACAGGAGUGAGUUUGUUUGGAUUUAAAAAAUGGAUGGCCGGGGGUGUGUGUCGCAGCAAAGCCCGCUUAGAUGGAAAGACUGUCCUGAUCACCGGGGCCAACACUGGAAUCGGCAAAGAGACUGCCGUUGACCUGGCCGGAAGAGGUGCGAGGGUAAUCCUGGCCUGCAGAGACAUGGACAGAGCUAACAACGCUGCAGAGGAAGUGAAAAAGAAGAGCGGAAAUAACAAUGUUGUUGUCAAAAAGUUGGAUUUGGCUUCCCUGCAGUCAGUGCGUCUGUUUGCAAAAGACAUUUCAGCAAGUGAAAAGCGUCUGGAUGUUCUCAUCAAUAAUGCAGGGAUUAUGGCCUGCCCACAAUGGAAAACUGAAGAUGGGUUUGAUAUGCAGUUUGGUGUGAAUCAUCUUGGCCAUUUCCUUCUAACAAACUGCCUCUUGGAUCUCCUAAAGCAGUCGGCACCAAGCCGCAUUGUCAAUGUUUCCAGUUUAGCACAUGAAAGAGGUCAAAUCAACUUUGAUGAUAUAAAUCAGGAGAAAAACUAUAAUCCUUGGAGAAGCUACUCUCAAAGUAAACUUGCCAAUGUCCUCUUUACAAGGGAGCUGAGUAAAAGGUUACAAGGUACUGGAGUAACAACGUACAGCCUCCACCCUGGAGUUAUUCGCACUGAGCUUGGCCGACACUUCUUGCCCACCAUACCCCUGUGGAAGAAAGUGUUGUACAAACCAUUCAGCUUCUUCAUUAAGAAUCCCACAGAGGGCGCACAAACCACUAUCUACUGUGCAGUGGAGAAAAGCCUGGAAAAUGAGAGUGGAUUGUACUACAGCGACUGUGCCCGUAAAGCUACCGCCCCUCAGGGGCGUGAUGAUGAAGUUGCCAAGAAGCUGUGGGAUCUGAGCGCCUCCAUGGUGGGUCUGACACAGUCAGAGUGACGCACAUAAUGGUGGCGAUGGCUGAGGUUGUCUUUGCGGCACCGAACUCAUCGCAAAGCCACUCCAACAAUGAAACGGCAGUCAUUCUGGGGAGCAACAAUGUGACUUUUAACAAAUAAGUUGGCUAGCAAAACACAGGAGUUCAUGUUUGAUAGACAUUUAUUUAGAAUGUACAACAAACUACUUGCAAAAAUACUAUCUAUUAAGCUAUGUUGUAUUUUCUCUGUUUAAAAAGUAGCACUGCUUCACAGAUAAGUUACAUGGAAGCUGAAUGAUCCUUAAAUUGUCAUUAAAUGACAUUUCACCAGUGUCUGUGGACUGGGAAUUUAUAUAUUAUCUGCUUUUACAUGAAAAAAACAUUUAAGACGUGAGGUUUCGUUAGACUUUCUUUUUUCAACACUUUUUUUAUGAGCAUUCAAAUAUCUUAACCUAUUGUCUUGCCUAUAAGGCAUAAUGUUGAUUAAUACCAUGUUCACUCAUUCUUUGUCCUUGUUUCUUACUUUAUGUCAAAUGAAUAACAUUGCUAAAGGGUAGUUCAAUAUUUUUGAAGUGAGAGUCUGCUGAGCAGUAAAUAUCUUUAUAAUGUCAAAAUUCAUCCUAAGUCAACUAAGCCAUGAUCCAUAAUGUCACAAACAACACAAACGUUAGCCACAAGUGUUUCACACGGGAAGAUAAUUUGUGGCACACAACCUCCAGCUUUGAUUUAUUAUUAUUAUAUUCUUUGUAAAUUAACUUUAGCAUGUUUGUAAAUAACUGUCCAGUGCAAACUUAAUGGCAGCUUACAAGUUGAUGAUAUAUAUUACUAGCUUAAAAUUGCUAUGACAUUUUAUCGAUUUUAGUUCUUUUCUCUUAAGAUUACCAUUUAACUUCACCCUCAGAAAUCUAAUCUGGAUUUGUACUUAAUAAAGACAAAGAGAAUUAUCAUCUUCAGGUGAGAAAAUAAUUACUAUCCCUUUAACAGAAUAUCACUUCAAAAAUUCAAUAGGACUAUCCUUAUAAAUGCAUGAACAUAAAUGAAUUGCCUUCAUAAAAUAAAUAUAUCUGUUCAUUUGUC